AUGGAGCGUCUACCUGUCAAUCCGCGACGACAUAGAAUUGCACCGGAGCAACGGAAGAGAGUUGCGCAAGCAUGCAAUAAUUGCAAUGUGAAACGCGCCAAAUGCUCCGGAGGCCAGCCAUGCGAAAGAUGCCGCAAAUCGUCGCGCGAGUGCCUGUAUCCUGAAGUUGUGGAGACUGUCUCGAUUCCACGCCGCGAGCAUGACGCGCUCAAAGCUAGGUGCGCGUUGCUGGAACAGGCACUCGCAGAAGCCAUCCCUUCGCCACGCGAGAGGGACAAGUUGAUGCAGCAUAUUCCAGCAAGGCACAGUGCCCCCGAAGGAUCACGCCCUCCCAAAAAUCCUAGUCAGGAUAUCGCCGAAGACACCCAACAGGUUCGGGAAGGACGAAUCCUUCAGGAUCCAGACGGCACAGUGCGCUACCUUGGUGAAUCUUCAGGAGCCACGUUUCUAAACCACUUGCGAGAAUACAUGGCGACAGUAUUCCCACAGGCAUUUGGAGCCGCGUCGUCACGCGCCUCGAAUCCUGAUGCGACAGCUUUUAUCUCGGCAUUGGGAAAAUACCAAACCCACGAUAGUCGUCCUCUGCUGACCUCUACGGUCGACCCUCUCAUAUCGGCGACGAAUGAACAAGCUGCGGCGAUGCUCUUGGAGUUCCAACACUCAGCUCAGGAUGGUGGAGGGACUUUCGCUUCCGGUGGCAUCCAUUACUGGAUCAAUGUCCAAGCGGUACUGGACGAGUAUCGAGCUUUUGUUGACGGUGUGAGGACGAUCGAGGCCAGUCCCAAUAUCGUGACCGCCAAUGCGGCAUUUGCUGUUGCUUGUCAAUUCAACUCAAAAUGUGCACCACCUUGGGAAACCGGAUUCGGACAGACCUUCUUCGCUAGAGCAAAAAGCCUGUUGGGAAAUCCCCUUGACCAUUCAACCAUCAAUGAUGCAACCGUCCUGGCUCUUCUGGGGGUUUACCUGCUCAACAGCAAUCGCCGUGACGCUGCUUAUAUCUAUAUUUCUAUUGCAAUGCAUAUUCUUAUCGUCCAUGGAGUUCAUCGGGCUUGGAUGGUCGAUGAGCAAGGCAAACGACUGUUCUGGACCGUAUAUGUCCUAGAUCGUUGGCUAAGUUGUUUGAUGGGUAGACCGGCCCUUAUUUCCGACGACGCCAUCAAAUUAGACCUGCCCCGUGAUUCAAGUAAUCUGCCUCCUGCUGCUGGUCUUCGCGCCCAUAUCGAGCUUUCCAGGGUCUCGAACUACAUAGUCUCAAAUGUGUAUGAUGUUGCACGGCAGAUCGAGGAACCCCUCAUGACAACCUUAUGCAUUCAGAAGUCCCUGAGAUUAUUGAGAUCUUGGUCCGAAAACCUCUCUGCCACGGUUCUAGCCACAGAAGAGAACUUGAGCCUCGAUCGGGCUGUUGGGGAACUGCACAUGGCGCACAAUCAGCUUAUUAUUCUGACUGUCCGACCUUUACUGUUUAUUAAUGUCAAGAGAGUCACAGCGGACAUGCUUUUGAACGGUCGAACCAUUGGUCAUGAGAUAUCGCACAAGAAUGAACUCGAUCUCUGCGCAGAUGCUGCGCGAAGAAAUGUCCAUCUGUGGCAUCGACUUUUGAACCUGCAACGACCAGCAAGGCUGUCUGUUUCCAGCGUGCAUUAUUUGUUCAACGCUGCUCUCGUGUUGCAGCUUUAUCAGCUUCUGGGCCAUGGCGAGGCACAAGACUUUGAGGAAGUGGGUUUUGUCAUUUCCAACCUGGAUGUGGACCAAAGCAGCAACAAAGAGUACGCAGCCGAUUGUGCCAGAGUCCUCACCGACUUCAACUCGCUCAUGGCCAGACUCCAAAAUGUCGAUCUGUCAAAGGCAGCCUCCCGAAUAGAGAAUGUGCGCGACCGUGUACACGGCUUGCCGUCCAACUCUUCAAUCAUCCUCUCUCCCAACAGUGAGACCAGUGUGACAAGUUGGACAGAGUCCCACCAUCAAUACCGAUCUGAUUCUAGCGAAGUGAAUGCCGAACGCACCGACUUGCCCAUGUAUGAUCAUCGAACUUACAAUGAGCUUCUUUCUUGGCUAGAAAGCGAUGAUCUCCAGCAGAAGUUCGACUUCCCGCACCGCUUUGGAUGA